CAGACUGAUUGAACUGCCGCGUGGCUGCUGCUCGCCCCACCCGCCAUGCUGCCAUUGGGUGGCUGCUGUUAGGGAGGCCUGGCCUCACCGGACACGGAAGCAGAGGGUGGAGGAGCCGGGUGGGCUGCAGAAAUGGAUAUUGAAGGACUCAAAAAAUACUCAGCUUUGCAUCCCAAGCCCUCCGGCCUUACUCUUCAGUAUGGCACCGCUGGAUUUCGCAGCAAGGCGCAGCAGCUUGAGCACGUCAUGUUCCGCAUGGGCAUGCUGGCAGCGCUCAGGUCCAGGGCCACGGGAGCUACUAUUGGUGUCAUGGUUACAGCAUCUCACAAUCCUGAAGAAGAUAAUGGUGUGAAGUUGGUGGAUCCCCUUGGUGAAAUGCUGCACCCAUCGUGGGAAGAAUACGCUACACAGCUGGCAAACGCAGAGGACCAGGAGUUACAGCAAAUAGUAACUGAGAUCUGUCAGAAAGCAGCAGUGAACCAGCAAAAAGAUGCUUCGAUUUUUAUCGGUAGAGACACCAGACCGAGCAGCAAGGAACUUUCACAGGCAGUAAUAGAUGGUAUCUCCGUUCUGGGCGGUCAGUACCAUGAUUAUGGUCUGGUAACCACACCGCAGCUGCAUUACGUGGUCUGCUGCCAGAACACCCAGGGGCAGUAUGGGAAACCAACGCUGGAAGGUUAUUACCAAAAGUUAUCCAAAGCUUUUAUGGAGCUGAUAAAAAAGUCUCUCAGCUCUGGAGAGGCUCAGAGGCAGCUGAAGAUUGAUUGUGCCAAUGGCAUAGGAGCUCUGAAACUGGCAGAGAUGAAGACUUACCUUCCAAAGGAAGUACAAAUUCAGAUAUAUAAUGAUGGAACGAAGGAGAAGCUCAAUCACCUGUGUGGUGCUGAUUUUGUAAAGGUUCAUCAGAAGCCACCUAAAGGGCUGGACAUGAAGCCUAACGAGAGCUGCUGCUCGUUCGACGGUGAUGCAGAUAGAAUUGUUUAUUACUACGAGGACACAGCUGGCCAUUUCCACCUAAUCGACGGAGAUAAAAUAGCAACUUUAAUUAGUAUCUUCCUUAAAGAACUUCUUGCCAAGGUGGGACAGACUUUAAAGAUGGCAGUGGUACAAACAGCAUAUGCCAAUGGGAGUUCAACGCGCUACCUGGAGGAGACAGUGCAGGUACCCGUUCACUGUGUCAAAACGGGAGUGAAACACUUGCAUCACAAGGCCCAGGAGUUCGAUGUUGGAAUUUAUUUUGAGGCAAAUGGACACGGCACAGUACUCUUCAGUAAGGCUGCUGAAAACACAAUCAGACAACUGGCAAAAGAGGAGAAAGAUGAUGCAAAAAGAGAAGCAGCAAAGGUGCUAGAAAACAUGAUUGACCUGAUUAAUCAGACAGUUGGUGAUGCCAUCUCAGAUAUGUUGGUUAUCAAAGCAAUCCUGGCUCUGAAAGGUCUGACCCUGCAGCAGUGGGAUGCCCUCUACACUGAUUUUCCAAGUCGGCUGCUCAAAGUUCAGGUCGCAGACAGACAAGUUAUUGACACAACGGAUGCUGAAAGACGUGCUGUUACACCUCCAGGGCUACAAGAGAAAAUCGAUGCUCUGGUGAAGAAGUACAAGCUGUCACGAGCAUUCGUCCGUCCAUCAGGAACAGAAGAUGUUGUGAGGGUCUAUGCCGAAGCAGACACGCAGGAGAACGCUGAUGCCCUUGCCCAUGAAGUAAGCCUGGCUGUUUACCACCUUGCUGGUGGAAAAGGAGCACCGCCCCAACCUAUUUAACAGCUCAAGUUUGCAACUGGACAUAUUUUUCUAAUGCUACUUUCUUUUUAGUCUGUAUUGAAACCUUUUUGACUGUAGCAAGGAUAAUGACAGCUUAACUUAGCAGAAUACUACUUCACUUAUUACUUACCUUGGUUGGCAGCUUACCUUCUAAUGAGAUGUUCUUGCUGCAGGAUGUUCUCCUCCUCUCCAAGUCUAACUACCGAAGCUGAAUGGAUUUAAAGGGUGCAGGUGUCUUGGAUGCUAUUUCUUAGCAGCCACUGGCCUGUUUGGGGCCACAGGGGAGCUACAUCUUCAGUCUUCUAAGGCUACGGAGCCAUCUUUAGUACCAGCCACAGUCUGGUUACCAGCUUUUCCCAUGCGGCAUGCAGGGAAGAUGAGCUGUGCAGCCUGGGCCAGAGUGAAGACUCCAGAGAGCCUUGCUGGAGCAGGGGCUCCCUUCAGCUGUAGCACCUUGCUGCUACCAGGCACCCAAAAACCUUUAACAGAGACAGCAGCCCAUCUCCUUCAGCCAGUCAUGCCAAGCAGAUAUUCCUGUACUCUAAUGUGAGGUGACUACAAAUAUGUAAUAAAACUACGGCUUUCAGCAGCUGUUGUUAAUUAAAGGGAUGCCUCAAGCUUUCACUGA